GUGCUCGCAUGUACAACGGCAUGCACCACCUCCGCAACAGGCUCCGCGAGCGCCACGCCCUGGGGUGCCGGCGGCUGCGGGGCGUGCUCUCGUCCAUGGACCACGAGGGGUCUGGGCAGGUGGAGUUCCGGCAGGCGUACGCGACAAAGCUGAAGGAUUGGGCCCUUCUGGAGACGCCGGAGUACCUCGGCGCCACUGGCGCGCUCGCCGAGAAGGGGGCCAAGGGAGGCGGCCCGGGCGUGCUCAUUCCGAACUACGUGUCUGGCAUCAACAGCUGCCGCGAUCCAGGCGCGCACCCGACAAUGAUGUGCUGCCCAGACGAGUGCGAGGCCGAAAUAUUGCCGCGCCUGGAGGCCGCUUCAGCAGGGCCCCGCAUCGCGCCGAAGCAGGUGUGGGCCGUGCUGUCCCGCCUGAUCAAGGGAGACAAGAUGGUCUCGGCCGACAAGCGCAGGGACCUGCACUCUGAGCUGCACGCCCUGGGACUCAGGUCAGCGGACGGCCUCGUCGAGGUGCACGGGCGCCGCCUGGGCCGCUGGCUGCACCGCGCCUUCCCCCACAAGUGCCGCGGGCCCGCGGCGCCGGGCGCCCCGGCGGUGGUGGACCCGGCCGUGUCGCCCACGGCCUGGACAAAGGCUGGAAAGUACCUGCCGCUGGACGCGCCAGAGGUCGAGGAGAUUCGCGCUCACUUGGAGACCCGCUGGGGCCCCGACGGCACAGGCGCGGACCCGCGAUCGUUCGCGGCUCGGAGCUCGAUGAGCUUGGACGAGGAGUUGCAGCUCAUCCACAGGUUCCACGAACAGCAGAAGUCCGGCGGCCCGCCCGUGCAGCAGGCCAUGGAGGACGCCCUCAACGUCCGCAUGCUGGACCGCUCGGCCCCCUCGGAGUGGCUGCUGGCGGCCGCCCUGGCGGCCGCGCUGCUGGGGCCCCUGGCGGUGGCCGUCGCCCUGGCAGGGCGGCUCGCAGCCGAG